ACCAGGAUGAGAGAGAGAGAGAGACAACACCACCCUCUUCUGACCGAGUGAAUAGGCUCGUGUGCAGCUCGUGAAGGGAGCGACCCCUGGUAGGAGCCGGAGCUCUUUUGUUGCAGCCGGAGCGGCACGGUCCUGCGGGUUUCCCCGGGUCCAGGAGGAGGUGUGUGGGGGUCACCCGAUGCUAAACUCAGGGGCAAUGGAGGAAUUCGUGAUCGAAGAGGAAGAGCCGUGGUACGACCAGCAUGACCUGGAGCAGGACCUCCACUUGGCGGCGGAGCUGGGAAAGACUCUUCUGGAGAGGAACAAGGAGCUGGAGGAUUCCCUGCAGCAGAUGUACAUCACAAAUGAAGAGCAGGUGCAAGAGAUCGAGUACCUGUCCAAGCAGCUCGAGGUCCUGCGGGACAUGAACGAGCAGCACGCCAAGGUGUACGAGCAGCUGGACGGGACGGCCCGCGAGCUGGAGCGCACCAACCGCUCGCUGGUGACGGACAGCCGCGGCUCGCAGCGCAAGAUAGAGACGUUGACCGGCUCCAUCGACAUCCUGCAGAACCAGGUGGACUCUCUGUCGGGGCAGGUGGAGCAGCUCCGCUCCAUGGAGCAGCUCCGAGUGAGGAGGGAGAAGAGGGAGCGGCGCAAAACCAUCCACUCCUUCCCUUGCCUGAGGGAGCUGUGCACAGCACCCAGGUAUGAGGACGAGUUCGUGGUGGGCCGGGCCGAGAGCUUCGCGGUGGACGUGAAGCGCCCGCCGUUCGAGGAGGAGAACCAGCACCUGAGGGAGGCGGUGUCGGCGCUGCGAGCGGCCGCCCGCACCGAGAGGGGCCGCAGGGAGGGGGUGGAGCGCGAGUGCAACCUCCUCCUCGGAGACUUCUCCCGCCUGCAGACCAGGGUGCAGGACGCUGAGAGCUGCCAGGCGAGGGUCCGGGAGCUGGAGGCGGAGCUCCAGGAGCUGCAGCAGCUGCGCCGGGCUCGGACCUACCUGCUGAGCAGCGAGGACGACGGCGCGGCGCUCGCCCAGACGGUGCUCAACAGCACGCCGGAGACCGACACCUUCCUGGAGGUCGAGGUCGGCGAGACGGGAGGCGGAGUGAGGGAGGCGGCCGAGGGCGGGGGGGCGGGCGUCGGAGGGGAGGCGCUUCCCGAGUCCAGCCCGGUGAGGAAGAGCUGCAGCGACACGGCGCUCAACGCCAUCAUGGCCUGCGACGCCUCCGGCCACCGGCGGGGCAGCUACGCCCUGCACGCCAACAGCGUGCGCAAGAGGGGCAUGUCCAUCCUGCGGGAGGUGGACGAGCAGUACCACGCGCUGCUGGAGAAGUACGAGGAGCUGCUGGGGAAGUGCCGGCGCCACGAGGAGAGCCUGUGCCACGACGCCGGCGUCCAGACGUCCAGGCCCGUGUCCCGAGACCCGUCCAUGAAAGACUGCGCCGUGGGCCCCACGCCGGCGCCGCCGCCCACCCCGAUACCGUCGCCCUCCACUCCCGAGGCCAUCGAGUCCAUCAGCAAGCAGGUGGAGGCGGUGGACAAGCGGCUGGGCCAGAACACGCCGGAGUACAAAGCGCUUUUCAAAGAGAUCUUCUCCCGGAUCCAGAAGACCAAGAUGGACAUCAAAGCUACCAAAGCCGCCAAGGCCGGCAAGCCGGGCAAAUCCGGCAAGUCCAGUAAACAAUAAACGGA